CCCUUGUAAAACCUCAAACACUUAUCACUGUGCCGAAGGUUAUCUGCUUUAGUGUUUUGUAGGUCUUUUAGCUGUGAUCUUGGAAUGACUGUUCAAUUGCUUAUAGAUCCUUCAUAAACCAAUGACAUUCCAUGUAUAAAAUAAAUGGAACAUUUGAAGGAUAAGAUUGUCCUUACCCAGGGAUAAUUAGUCGGGUCAGAUCUUAAAAUGACUCACUUCAAUGCUGAAAAUAAACUUUCAAAUUCUAAAGUGGUUAUGACAAGUCUGAUAGCAGGAGCUGUUGCCGGAGCAUUAGCUAAAACUACAAUUGCUCCUUUGGAUAGAACUAAAAUUAAUUUCCAGGUUGCAAAAAAAAGGUAUUCUACAAAAGCAGCAUUUAAGUUUGUGAUAAAGUCGUAUCAGCAAGAAGGUUUUUUUGCAUUAUGGCGCGGGAAUUCUGCUACUAUGGCUCGUAUAAUGCCUUAUGCAGCAGUUCAGUUCACUUCACAUGAACAAUGGAAAAGAAUCCUUCAUGUUGAUACUGGAGUAGCCAAAAAAUAUGAAAAGCAAAGGAGGUUUUUGGCAGGAUCUUUGGCAGGUAUAACGUCCCAAAGCCUAACUUACCCACUAGAUCUGGCCAGGGCUAGAAUGGCGGUAACGCAAAAGCAGACAUACAACUCCAUCUCUGAGGUAUUUGCGAAAACCUGGAGAACCGAAGGACCACUUGCUCUUUAUAGAGGAUAUACACCAACCAUUUUGGGAGUGAUACCUUAUGCUGGAGUCAGCUUUUUCACCUAUGGAACUCUUCAGAACUGGAUAUUAGCUGAAUACGGUUCUACAAAUGCGCUAACGAAUUUAUUUUGUGGAGCCGUUGCUGGGAUGUUGGGCCAAACUAGUUCCUAUCCACUGGACAUUGUGAGAAGAAGAAUGCAGACCUCAAAUGUCACUGGUGGUCAUUACCGAACUAUUAUUGGCACACUCCGCAGUGUUCUUAGAGAAGAAGGUUUUCAUGGCAUAUUCAAAGGGCUCAGCAUGAACUGGGUCAAAGGCCCUAUUGCUGUUGGGAUAAGUUUUGCCACUUAUGAUCACAUCAGGGAUAGCCUUAGGUCACUCCUCAAGUCCUGACCAUACAAUAUCUGCUGAUUCUAUCCCUAUGCAAUUUGCUCUUAAUAAUUCUGCAACCCUUUUAUUUUUUAGUUUUAAUUUUCCGUCCCUUGUUAAAGUAUUCGGUGUUUUAUACAUCUAUGUGAACUUGGAUACUAUCCAAUUUUAGCUGUUACAAUUUUAUGAAAUGUUUUUAUUUGUUGUAUAUUUUCAAAAUCAAUAUAGUUUCAAGUGAAUUUUAUACAAUGUGAUUGUAUAGAUAUAUUGAUCAAGAUAAUAAGUGUUUUAGUAAUGUGUGGUAGAAUCGUUGGUACACCAUGUCUUGGUUUGGAACAUGCUCUCUAUUUUUGUUUUAACUACUAUUUCAAUGGACAGGUACAUUUUCAGUUCUCACUAGCAAUAUUAAGAACUUUAUUAAAUACUCAGGCCUGUUAAUAUAUAGCUUGAUAUCUAGUCAUAAAAUAUAACUGUGUGGCACAGACUCACAGCUGUUAUUCAAUUAUCUAUGUGUAUGUAGUAUAAUUUGUUUGGCACACAGUAUUGUUAAUUAUUCCAACAACAUUAAGUUAUAUCUGUUGUAAUUGUAAAUAUUUUAUCUCACUGAACAUUGUUUUAUUUUUUUAAAUUUUAUUUUAAUGGAGUCAACAUUCAUGUGCAAUAUAAUUUUUAUUAAUGUUAGAGAUUGUAGAUGUAAAAUGUUAUGCAAUACAAGUCAGAGAGAUGAAAUUAAAGACUCUAAUUCGUGCUUCCAUAACUAAUUAUAUAUUUUCAUAAAUGAUGAAUGUAUAUUUGAUUUUUAAAGUUGGAAAUAUUUAUAAAAUGUUAUGUAUAUAUGUAUUAAUAUAUUUAUUGCUGUUUGUAAAAUUAAAUAAUAUUUUUAGAGAUUAUUUAUUUUUAUUUUAAACUAAUUUUUAUUAAUUCAAAAUAAUUUAUAUGAAUCAAUAUUUGACUGGUUAAUUAUUUAUUUUAUAUUAAAAUUUUACUUUAACAGAUUAAAGUAUGAGCACAAGUAAAAUAAUAAAUACAGCCUCAUGUGUUCAAAGCAAUGUAAUAAUGAAAAAAUUAACAACGAACAUUACUUUUAAUUCCUAAACUAUCUUGAAGAAGGCAGUAUUAUGCUCAUUAGGUAAGAGAAAUGUUUAAGAUGUCCCAUAAACAUAUAUUACAGAAUCCCUCGAUUUCAAAACAAGUAUGUCACGAGGCACUUGAGUCAUGUUUUCUAUCAUGGUAUGUCAGCAUUACAUUGCAUUACAGGUGUCAAAAUUUAAAAUUCUUGGUUUUCAUUUCAGAUAAUUAUUUAUACAGGUAUAUGGGAAUGAAUAAAAACAGAAAAUUAGAUUUAUAGUUUGUCUAUUUGAAGCAUGUACAGUAAAAUGAAUUGCUUUAUAUGGCUGUAAAUACAUUCCAUAAAACCUGAGAUUGAAAAUUGAAAAUAAUGUAAUAGUAGGUUGCUUUAAACACUACCCACAAACUGUCUGACAACAAACUAUUUUCUGUCGAGCUUAUGCUAAUACUGAGUAGAAUUUAACGUCUAUAAACAGUUUUUUUUUUAAUAACUAUUUUAUACAUUUAACAAACAAUAAAAAUCAACAACUAGAGAGAAUCAAAAGACAAAAUUUGUGAUUUGCUUUUGCCCCUACCACAAAUGGGCUGUUCAUUUACAUAUAUAUAUUUUAAACCUUCUUUUCUUUACAAAAAUCUACAUUUUAAUCUAAGAAAUAGCAAGAUUGUAAUAAAAAUAUAAUAUUGGGCUAAUUUACAUCCUUACAUGAUAUACGAUAUACAAUUAUAAUUUUCAUUUUUUAAAAAUUUAAUUUUACAAAUAAAUCUUCAUAAGAAUUAUUUUAUAUGUAAUGGAUAUUUGUUUUUCAUUACAUCAAAGUUAUAAAUAAAAAAAAUUGUUGAGAGCAAACUAAUAUAUAAAAAUGAAACAAUCUUCACACUUAAUUCCUGUAUUCGUUUCAUUUCAAUAUGACGAGUUCUGAUAAAAUAAUUUCAGAUCUGGUACUUUUUAAUUUUUAAUGAAGGCAUUUAAUUAAAAAAAAGUUUAUAAAAUGGCUGUCCAGGAUAUAUCAAAUAGUUCGUAUGUAUUUUAAACUUAAAAAUUUUUUUUUGCUAAAUACAUGAACUCGUCAUAUAAGAGUUCUUUUUUAAUUUUUACCCUAAAAAAUGGGGAGAAACAUAAUUUUUUAAAUAUUUCUCUCUCAAUCACAGAUUUGUUAGAAAAAAGUUUUAGUGAACACUUUUUUUUUCAUAUUUUUUUAAUUUGUUUUUAUUUUUUUUUUUUACAUGAGUACCAAAUUUUUAUAUUCAAAAUUUGGCAAUUAUGUACAAAAUGGAAAACUUAUCGUAUACUGAUAGGGAGAUAGAGGUAUUUGGAUUAUUUACAAAAUAAUAACAUAUAUGUACAUACAAUACCACCAAUAAAUUAAUUACUGUGAACAAUUGCACAUUAUGCCUUUUAUACAUGUAUUCCAAUGAGUAUCAUUUCAAAGGUGACAAAUAAGAACUAAAAAAAAACAAAACAAUAAAAAGCGUAUUAUUACAGCACAAUAAGAGAGACUCUUCAGAAAAAUAAGACUAGCACUUAGUUUGAUUAUUUGUCCAAAAUGACAAAUUAAUAUGACACUAAUUAUAUAAUAUAUAAAAUCAGAGCAUUGUGUAUUAGAAAACUGGAUUCAUAGUCACAUUGUAGUUUUGAGUUCAGUAAAUGAAAAUUAUAAAGAUCUACACAGCCAUAAUAUAGUGCACAAUACCAAUAAGUUAUAUUAUGAGAUAACUCAAUAAGAAUUUGAACAAUAUACUUUUUUUUUUUUAAUCUAAUUUAGUUUAUUAACAUUAAUAAAAUUCUCAUAAGAUUCAGAAGAGAAGAAGAAGAAAAGGCAUUAGCAAUUCUUGUGGAAAUCCUGAAUUUACUAAAGGAAAUAGAGAGGUAGAAUAAGAGAAAAAAAAAGAAGUGAAAAAUGAGUCUUGAAGAACAUUUCUUAAGUUUCCUACUUAGAUUAAAUUUCAUACUUUUUUCAUUGAGGCCCAAUUAUUCUGAAGUAUUGAAAUACAAAGAAAAUUAAUUUAAAAAAAAACAUGUUUCACAAAAAUGAUUAUAAAUUUCAGUUUAGGUGCUUUAAUUUGAAUUCGACAUUCCAAAUUUUAAUAUCUAAAUAGAAGCAUCUAAGUGUGUAAUUAGAAAUCCAUCUGUUGGACAUAUUCAGAAAAUCUAGAGAUAAAUCACAGCUGGACAGCAGUUAUUAAUAACGCAACGGUAGGAUGCAAAAUAUUACAAAAAUCUAGAAAAUUCUUUAUUAGAAAUUUAUAGAUUAUGAAGGGCUGCGAAAUCUUUAUAAUGAACAUAUUAUCAUCAACUUGUUCUCAAAAUAUCUUAAAAUUAUGGUUAUUUUCUCUUAUUAAUAACAAAAAAUUAUUUCAAUUUCACAAAUCAACAAACCAAGUUAAAGUUAAAUUUUGUUUUCAGUCUUAUAAAUUUGCAAAUUUGACAUACUAUUCAAGAGACAUUUUACAAACAGUAUUUUACAAAUUAAUGCAAUCUCUGAACACUUCAUUUUUAUUGACACAAAACUAUUAGCCAAAUAUUUUAUAUUUUUUUGUUUUGUGUUAAACAGUUAGAUUUUCAUAUAUAGUUGAGAAAAAGAUGGGGUCUUGUCAAUGUUUAUAAUAGACAAUUUAAAUUAAAAAUAUAAUAUAAAUAUUCACAGAAUUUAAUCAAAGAAUGUUUUCAAAAACAUACUUAUGUUUAAGAUCUAACAUAAGUUAAACAAAUUAAAGUUGACAUAGUAUAGAAAUUUAAAUUCCUUUUAGCUUUGCAAAGCUCCUAAUGUGUUUGAACAAUUUAUUUAAUUUAUAAACAUAUAGUGCCAUUAAUAAUCAAACAAAAAUUAAUUGAAUUUACAUUAAUAGCAUACAACAAAUCUGCUAAUUGUCACUAUCAUGGCGGAUGGAGAUUUGAUGAUAAAAAAAAAAAACUAACAUUAGAUUUAGUUCUGCUUACUUAAUUUUUAACUAUUAGAAAGAUGACUGCAUAACCAUUUUUAUUGAUUUAUUUUUUUAGUAAUAUUACUUAUGUAUCUAAAUAAUUGGAUACAUAUAUAAAAAAUAAAACUAACAAUAAAAGUUGGACCAUCAUUUAUUAGCAUUUUAUGUUCAACAUAUCGGGAACUUUGAAGUUUGUUUAUUAUUUUUUUAUUGCCACCAACAACACCCCAUUAAUACUAAUUGUUUUACAUUGAACAGGUUUGUGAUGUAUUUUAUUUUUACUAUGUACCUAAUCCUUGGAAUAGAUAUUUAACACACUUGUAAUCCUGUUAAAUACACAUCUCCACAAUAUUACUGCACAACUGAUACACUCCUCUUGAGUCAAACUUAAUGGAAUCAGUUCAUGACUUCAAGUAGGGUGACUCAGGUUGACAGUCCCUGUUUGCCUUCUAAUGGCUCGAAAGACUUGGGCACUUUGUGCUCAACGAACGGUCAGUGUUCGGGCGCAGGUGUCGUCACAGGUGGGGGUGGCACAGGAGGAGGAGGAGGUGGUGUAGUGCUUGGCACCUUGGCAUCUUCGCUUAGGCAAGAUUCGGAUCCUUCUUCAGAGCUCUCUCCUCCACUGCUCAAGCACUUCUUAGUAACAGGGUUGGCAGGCUUUUCACCAGCUCCUGCUCCACCAUCAUGCUUCUUCCAUUUCGUCCUUCGAUUUUGAAACCAGAUUUUCACCU